UAAAACUGUGGAGUGUCCACUCGAGAAAAUUCAUGGCAAUCAACCAGGAAAGCGUCUCUAAUCUCUCACAAGUCCAGAAAGGUUUCUUCUUAUCGCGCUGAACAUUUCCUUGGCUAUAUAUUCGCUAUAUUCAAAUGCAGAAAAAGUCGCUGAAAGGCCUCAGUCGUGUUUCGUCAUCUCUCGCGUCAAGAUGUAUCUCAAGAAAGUUGUUGUUCUCCUGCUCACAGUGCUUCCAGCUUUCGGGAGUGUUCUAGACAAUCGCGUGGAUGACUGGGAUGGAUGUGCCCUGUCGCCAGCAUUGCUCAAGGAGAUCAGAGGAUACGCUCCAGUCGUGGGGAAGAUCAUACAGAACAUCGUGACAGAGGACUUCAAGGGCGAAACUUGGAGGAGUCUCAGUGAGUUCGUGGACAGAUUUGGGCCACGAAUGUCGGGCAGUCAGAGCCUGGAGGAUGCCAUCGACUACAUGGUGGAGGAGAUGAGCAAGGCCGGUCUGGAUGCCUACACAGAAGAGGCCACAGUGACACACUGGAAGAGAGGAUUCGAGAGUGCCACAAUGUUGUUGCCGAGAAAGGCUAAUAUCCCAAUUCUGGGCCUGGGCAGUUCCGUGGGCACCAUGCGGGGUGGCAUAAUGGGAGAAGUCGUGGCUGUGGAGUCCUUCGAUGAGUUCGAGACAAUCCCCGAAGAGACUGUCAAAGGCAAGAUUGUGCUCUUCGCCCCGAAGUGGGAAUCCUACGGAAAGACAGUCAAGUACCGAAGUCUUGGGGCUUCUGUGGCGUCAAAGAAGGGCGCUGCAGCCGCUCUGGUGCGUUCGAUCACGCCCUUAUCACUGGGAACACUGCACACAGGCGAUCAGGAUUACCAGGAAGGCGUGAGGAAGAUCCCAGUGGCCAGUGUCACAGUGGAAGACGCCACGAGGAUGCUGAGGAUGUACAGGAGAAAUGAAACCAUCAGAAUUCAUCUGGAGAUGAAUGACGAGGAUCUCGGAGAAGUCAAAUCUCGCAACACCAUCGGCGAAUUGAAAGGAAGGGAGAAGAACAACCCAGUGGUGGUGGUUUCUGGCCACCUGGACAGCUGGGAUGUGGGCGUGGGAGCCAUGGAUGACGGAGGCGGAGCCUUCAUCGCCUGGCACGCAGUCAAGUUCCUGAAAGCCAUGGGAUUGCAGCCCAGGCGCACAAUAAGAGCCAUUCUGUGGACUGGCGAAGAGCAGGGAUACUUGGGAGCGAAAUCCUACCGCGCCAACCACAGUCAGACUGAAAAGGAGGAGUUCAACUUCUUCAUCGAGUCCGACACCGGCACCUUCACGCCAACUGGGAUGGAUUUCAGCGGCAACAAGGAUGCCGAGUGCAUCUUCCGUGAGGUUCUACAGCUCCUGGAGCCCCUCAAUGCCACCCAAUUCGCUACGCCAGUCGACGGCGGCCCGGAUAUCUCAGUGUGGACAAACAGGGGAUUCCCCGGAGCCUCGCUGCUGAACAAGGACGAGAAGUAUUUCUGGUAUCAUCACUCCAGCGCUGACUCGAUGCUGGUGGAGGAUCCAGACGCCCUGGACAAGUGCACAGCCGUCUUCGCGGCGGUGAGUUACGUGAUUGCCGACCUGGGUAUUGACAUGCCAAAAGAUGUUACUUCCUUGUAA